UAUGGUUUAUACUGCACGCAAAUCCAGAAUACUAUUUUCUUUGUUACCGCUUAAAAUUCCACUUCGGCUUAUCUGUACGUCUCGCAAGCCACACACGACUAAUUCAUUCACGGGUGGGGAAAUGUUGAUCGUUUGCAUUCAAGUCGAGCAUCGGUGAAUCCAUCACAUGAUCGCUGCGGUCGCUCGGCGCUCCGCGUCUUUCUUCCACGAGCAGAAGGCAAGGCAGCAGCAGCAGGAGCUUCAUGUAAACACGCUGCAAGCAGUGCUUUGUCUCUCACACACACACACACACACGCACGCACGCACGCACUUCGCUGGUAUCCCCUCUUCUAGUCAUGCCAUGGAUAUUUUGUGGCAAUACCAGUUCCGCAUCAUCUUGCUCGGGGAUUCCACGGUGGGCAAGUCGUCGUUGCUGAAGCGCUUCUCGGACGGGAUCUACAGCGAUGUGGCGGAUCCGACGGUCGGGGUGGAUUUCUACGCCCGCUCGCUUGAUAUCGAGCCCGGGGUGAAAAUAAAGCUGCAGCUCUGGGACACUGCCGGUCAGGAACGAUUCAGGUCCAUCACAACAUCCUACUACCGCAACUCAGUGGGCGGGCUCCUAGUCUUUGACCUCACCAACCGCAAGACCUUUGACCACGUGAGGGAGUGGCACAAGGAGGUCAGUGAGCACAUCCUGCCCCACCACAUGGUCUACAUCCUCAUCGGCCACAAGAGCGACCUCAACAAGGACCGCAUGGUGAGCCGGGACGAGGCGGAGCAUUUGGCGGCCGAGCUGGGCAUCCGCUACGUGGAGACGUCGGCCAAGUGCAACAGCAACGUGGACCGGGCCUUCGAGCUGCUGACGAAAGACAUCUACGAGCUGAUGAAGAUGGGGGAGAUCGUCACCCGCGACGGCUGGGACGGGGUCAAGAGCGGCCUCACCGGCAAGGUCCUCUACUCGGCCGACGACGAAGAGGAGCUCGUUGCCGCGACCCCCGAGCGGGGCUGCCACUGCUGACUUUGAACUGUCCACACACUGCGCCGUCACACCAAGAGUCCACCUCGUCUCACUGUUGUCCAUCGAAAAAAACCAAGUCACUCUGGCUCAGCACCCUGCAAUAUAUCACCAUACGUCACUUCCUCACCACGUGCGUUGUGGCCCCUCCGCGUGUGGGUUCUUCUCACGACUUGGGUCCAACCGGGGGGCCAUUGUAGAUCCUGACGUGUAUGUUAACAGGCAAAUUUUUGUUCUCUCUGAAGCCACGUGGUGUAGAACGAGCUGAGCUGUUCUGGGCCUUCUUAGGAUCGAAUGACACAAGUGUGCAGAGGGCAUCAGGUCAUGGUUCGUAGAGGGUCGCCAACACUGCUUUCCAUGUCCCCGCAGUCAGUGGACGACUGAGUAUCCAGAAGACAGAUAGAUUUCACAGAGCACCGUUGUGGGUUUGUACCUGUCAAAGUUUGUGCGAUGCUUUGCCUGCAAUCAUUUUCGAUUAUAGUAUUGUAAAUAGUCGUGAAAUAGAUAAAAGCUAUAACGUCACAGGAAGCUAUUUAAUGGACAGGGUGAGCGGAGACAGUACCCUCUUCAACGAGUUUAAACAUGUCAAAUCAGUGUGCUCCGCCUGGUAAUGAAGGCUGUAUGUGCACUUACGCCAAACUGACUUCAACCGUUCUGUGAAUAGAUGAGUAAUGCUUCUGUAUAAUAAAAAAAAAGGAAGAUUUUGAUGUAUACAUAAAGACGGGCCAUUUUAAUUAGAGUAGGUGGCCUUUAGGCGUUUGUAUCGUAACAUCAAGGCAUCAGGUCUGUUACCUCCCAGUCAUCACACCUUCAAUGACUUCAUCCACCGUAGGAAGGAUGUGUUUGUCUAGGAACAAAAGGAAGUUUUGUGCUUCGCCUGCAGCUGUGUGGGGCUUAGUGCAACCCGUUGAUUAUUUUGUUCAAAGCUUAAUUCACAAAAAUAAUAAUUUUCCAGUCAGCCAUGAGCCAUUCAAUCCAUUCAAUGUUUAUACAUGUGCUGCUUUUGUGGGCCCGUGCUUUAUGCUGUGUUCCAGAGGUGUCGGUGGGAAAUUCUGGUUGAAGUUUUAUGGGGAAGAUUUACCCCUCCAAGUACAAAACGUACAGCUCUGAUAUGUCACAUCCACACGGUUACAUACAAUGCAAAGCUAGUUAGCAUUUCUUUUAACGGGGAUGGUUACAGUCCUCACAUCCACUACAGUUCAGCAGGCUGGUGAUGGUCAGUGGAUACAAACUGAAUAGGUGACCAAGUAGUUCUAAAAACAUUUGCACCAUCCCUUUAUUUAUUUUUUUGUCUCUUUACAGAUUCUAACAGUAUACUUCCUAAUGAACCGCUAUCUGUUAUAGAUGGCGGAGCUGAUGACAUCAUCAGGUGGGCACCACGCCUAGAAAUCAAACUAAAUGUCUUUGCAAUGUCACAAAUCCCUAUUUGACAACCAGCCUGACUGUGUUUAAGGCUACAGCCUUCCUGUGUCCCUCUUCUGCACAGAGUUGGGUUGUAAUUGUUCUGCACCGUCAAAGAUGGCCGCCUCAAAGCAAAGAGAAGUUACAUUCAUGGCAACCUUGGAAAGACACCAAGAAAAUAUGGCUUUUGGAAAGAUUGCUGUUAUGAAAGAAAUAUGCUUAUUUCUCAUCAGCUUAACACCCUUAUAUCCAGCAAUAAGACAUUUAAAAAAGAGAAUAGUAAAAAUCUUUAUAACAAACCGUGACCUGUGUACUGACCACGAUAUUGAUGGGGGAUACCUUCAGUCCACAUCCAGUUUCCUUCCAAUUGGAUUCUUAAAGGAGUCAUUUAACAUUUUGUGUAAUACGUUUAUCUGUGUUUCUUUCUGGGAAUCAGAGGAGAAGAUUAAUACCAUUAUCAUUUCCAGAUUUGGUGCCAUCUUGCCUGGAAAGACACCGAUGCUAAAACCUUUGUAUGCCAACAGCAAUGCACACGAUGCUACAGAAGUAGCAUCCCAGUAAUGUGCGGAUGGAUCAGGAAAUAGUUCCAGCUUGGCGAUCCCCGCAAAACCAAAAAUUUGAACAUGACAUUUACUUGAAUCUCCUCAUCUCUGAAAAAGAAAAGAAGUAAGCAAAUUUCCUAUGUCUUUCAUGAUGUGUUUUUUAUGUUGUUCACAGGAAUGAUCAAACCAACCUGUUGGGGCUUCUGUACCAGAAAGCAUCUGCCCAUGUUCGGCUUGUGGGAUGGUACGAAGCCCAAAACUGUUCGGCUCUUUAUCCCUAUGGUCACAUGUCACAGCUAUACUGAAUAAAUGUUAUUUAUUUUAUAUUUUAUGUGAUUUCCUUGAUUGGUUAAAAAAAUAAAUAGAUGUACAAUGAA